CCACCUCUCUAGCCCCCUCGUCCUCUCCAGCCCCCCGACGUCGGGGCUUUGCGGAUCUGGCUAAACGUGUGGUGAUGCAGGAAAGACUGAAGAAAGCUGAGCUGGAGGAGGCUGAAGCGGGUGAGGAAGAUGAGGAUCCUGAGGAGGACUUGUCGUUUAAGGAGAUGGAGGAGAAGGCCACGUCUGGAGAUGCCAGAGCACAGACCAGUCUGGGCAGAUACUACCUGGGGUUGGCUGAGGAGAAGGAGGCGGAGCUUAAUAACCGCCUGGCAGUUGAUUGGCUGGUGCAGGCCGCUAAGCAGGGACGUAAGAGUGCAGCCCGUCUUCUACAGCACUGCUGGAUCCAGAGGAAAGGUAUCAGUGAGGAUAAUGAGGAGGAGGUACGUCGUCUGUCAACAGAGAGCAGGUUUGAGCAGACGGUCCGGAAGGCAGCCAUGAUGAUGUUCAGGAAGUUGAACCCUGACAGGAAGGAGAAGAUGGCUGUGUCUGAGAUGAUGGAGAACGUUGGACAGGUCAACGCUGUGCACGGUGGCGCCACCACGGACCAAACCCAGAAAGUCCUGGAGAACAUGGUCACUGGAGAGACUGGUCAGUUUGUUGACCUGGAUGACUUUGUGGAAAUCACGAAGAGGUAUGCCCAGGGCAUGGCCCCCAGCACCGGCUCGACGCAGAGACAGGACACACCCAAGACCCAGAGCCAGGGCCCUGCACAAACCUCUGGAGAGAAGAGUGGCCUGGUCCCCAAGAAGCCUCAGAAGGGAGUGUGGGGGAUGGGUCGGAGUGACAUGUUGAUGGACACGAGACGACACUUCCUGGUGUUGCAGUACCCUAUCACUGCGGUCAUCGAGGUGAAGGAUCAGCUCAUUGAUUGGGCGUCUCGCGCCGGCGUGCAAUGGCUGAGCACGGUGAUCCCCACACACCACGUCAACGCGCUCAUCUUCUUCUUCAUCAUCAGUAAUCUGACUGUUGACCUGUUUGCCUUCUUCAUCCCACUCCUCGUCUUUUACCUCUCCUUCAUCUCCAUGGUGAUCUGCACGCUACGCAUCUUCCAGAGCAGCAAGGCGUGGGAGAACUUCAGUGCCCUAACAACUCUGCUGACCAGGUUUGAGCCUGGCCUGGACGUGGAGCAAGCAGAGUCUAACUUUGGCUGGAACAAUCUAGAACCCUACCUCUACUUCCUGAUAUCUGUGUUCUUCAUCAUCUUCUCCUUCCCCGUCGCUGAUAAAGGAUGGAUCCCCUGCUCGGAGCUCUCCACGGUAGCCAUCUUGUUCACGGUGGUCAGCUACAAGAGCCUGAGUCCCUCGGGCGCCACUUACGCCAAACGGGCACUUAUCACUGAGGUGGCGACGUCUUUGUGUUCUCUGACCAGUCUCCUGCCCCAGAGUGCUGUUCUGCUGAGGAUGCUGAGCCACACUUUCACUACCCUGCCACUAGGGGAGUCAGUGGUGAUGAAGAUCAGUCUGCCCUGCCUGCUAGACCUCUACCUGUACUACCUGUUCUUCAGUAUGGCCAGGCAGCGUGGUUUCCGUGGGACCUACUGUUUCCUGGUCCCCUACCUGGUCUGCUUCCUGUGGUGUGAGUUCUCUGUGGUGCUGCUCCAAAACUCUUCCCCCGUGGGGCUCAUCCGAACCUGCGUUGCCUACUUCCUGUUCCUGUUUGCCUUGCCCGUGCUGGCUGUGGGGCUGGCUGCCAUGGUCCUCAUCCAGCUGAUCAAAUGGUUCCUGGAGCUGGAGCUCACCAAGAUGAUUGUGACGCUGGCCGUGUGUGCAGUGCCGGUGACACUGAGGCUGUGGACGCGCUUCGGCCUGUCGCUCAUGGACGUGUUCCACUCCAUGUCGCAACGCGGCGCCGUCAAGCUCAUCCUAUGCUGCGUCACUAUGGUGAUGCUGUUCUUCUGGACGUACGUCUACCAUUCAGAGGGACUGCAGGGGUAUAACUCUACAUUGACCUGGAGACAGUACGGACAGCUGUGUGGUCCUCCUGCCUGGAAGGUGAAAGGUGUGGCUCAGACACAGAUCUUCUGUACACACCUGGACGGACACCAGGUGACAUGGACCGGUAGGUUCCGGCAGGUGCGUGUAGCGGAAACUGAGAACGGAGCCCAGUCCGUCAUCAACCUGCUGCCGGUGUUCAUGGGAGAUUGGCUACGCUGUCUUUACGGAGAGACCUAUCCUAAAUGUGACCCGCUGCGGAACAACUCCACCAACACCUCCACAUCCUCAACGGCCAACUCCAACACCCCCGACGCCACAGCAACCGUCGCUAAUGCUAACCUCACCGUCGCCGACUACGCCAACACCACAGUGCUUGGAGUUGCCGUGCCGACGGCCGUCCUCCUCCAGCAGCAGGAAGAGGAGGAGCUAUGUGUGAUCAAGGCUUUGGCCAAACACACGUGUCACGUGAAGCGCUACGACAGCUAUGUGUUGGAGGUGGGGGUGGGGAUGCCCGAGGAAGACGGGGUGCCAGAGGACCGGGCCAGAGACAUCAAACUGGUGGCCAGUCAUGAGUUCAGACAGGUGUUGCUGCGCCUGCAGCCCGGCAGCCUGGUGGAGUUCAGCACUACGUUGGAGGGUCGUCUGGGGGGCCAGGUCCCGUCCUUCGAGCUGAAGGCCAUCUACUGUCUGGACUGUGACUCCUCCCUUCUGACCGCUGCCGGACAGGUAAAGAUAGAGAGAGACUGGAGACGGACCACCCUCAACUCCGUCAAGUUCGCAUUCGACUUCUUCUUCUCUCCCUUCCUCUCGGCACGUAUCGACGUGUGACAGGACGAGAAAGGAGAGAAAUGUAGUGACGGGGGGAAAAAUACAAGAGGAAUGGAUGGAUAGAAGGAUUUCAAUUCAAUACAACUUUAUUUUGUCCUGGAAUGUUUUAAUGUGUACAAUAGUUUGCCUUGGACCCCCCCCUUCCUGUCCUAAAGGAUCAACGUGUGACCAACCAGUAGUGGAAGAGACAGUGGCAGCCAUUUUUCAAAAUGAACUAGGGUAAAAAAUAGGAAAUGGAUGAAUAAAGGAAUUCAAUUCAAUACAACUUCAUUUGUAGAGCAACUUAGUGAUUAAAGGGAUGGAUUGAUGGACAGAUGGACGGAGGUGUGAAAAGGGGCGUGUCUCUGGUUGGAACACCUGAAGGGAGCGGUUGCUACAGUUACUCAGAUGCUGCUGUUCUCUUCUGGAAGCCAUUUUGUUUCGUUUUUUCUUCACGAGGUGGCUCGUUACCACGGCAACGAGCUGCGGCAGCAUUUUUACGAUGGGAUGGAUGGUUGGGUCAGAUUGUAUCUAAUCGGGCAGAAACACCCGGAGAGCUGAAAUCAAAUGAGGAAGUGGGUCGUCUGUAAACUGCAUUACCUGAAUGUAUCUCCACUGGAAGCUGUCGUUUUUCAACGGGAAACAGUUCACCAAUAGCUAGAGUGGUCUUUAAACGGGGAAACUGGAGGAAGACGCUAGGGAAUAAUGGUGAAUGAAGAUUUCAGAGGAACAGUCCUUACAAAUAUAGUAUUAAGAGUUGUGUAUUUAACUGUCUUUAGGAACACACUCAUGACUUGUGUAUGUAGAAUAUGUAGCAUAUCUAUAGAUCUAUAUUGUACUACAACUACGUAAUCUGUCUGUCUGUCUGUCUGUCUGUCUGUCUGUCUGUCUGUCUGUCUGUCUGUCUGUCUGUCUGUCUGUCUGUCUGUCUGUCUGUCUGUCUGUAUUUGCAGUGGUUUAUCUGAAAUGUAGCACUUAGUAACUUUUGGAUGUUUCCCAGCAAGCACAUACCGUUCUGAAAACCAUAUGUUAACCCGAGUGGCACAGCGGUCGUAAGGCACCGCAUCUCAGCGCUAGAGGCGUCACUACAGACCCUGGUUCGAUCCGGGCCUGUAUCACAACCGGCCGUUAUCGUGAAGUCCCAUAGGGCGGCGCUCAAUUGGCCCAGCGUCGUCCGGGGUUUGGCCGGUGUAGGCCGUCAUUGUAAAAUAAGAAUGAGUUCUUCAGUGACUUGCCUAGUUAAAUAAAGGGAAGGAAAACAUCUUAGAGCUUGGUGAGAGUGUGUUUGUCCUGUGGUUAUAUUGCAUACAACUUCCCAAUAACGUUUCCUACAGGUUUCCUCAUGGUUCUAUUUAGUCAUGUUCUCAGAACGUUCAGAGAACGUUAAGACACAACAUUCUUUUAUGGGAAUUUCAGUACUUCAGCCUAAUGUUUCCUACAGGUUUCCUCAUGGUUCUAUAUAAAGUAAUGUUCUCAGAACGUUCAGAGAACGUUAAGACUCAACAUUCUUCUAUGGGAAUGUCAGUACUUCAGCCUAAUGUUUCCUACAGGUUUCCUCAUGGUUCUAUAUAAAGUAAUGUUCUCAGAACGUUCAGAGAACGUUAAGACACAACAUUCUUCUAUGGGAAUUUCAGUACUUCAGCAUAAUGUUUCCUACAGGUUUCCUCGUGGUUUUAUUUAAAGUCGUGUUCUCAGAACAUUAAGAAAUCUUUACAUAAAAACCACAAGAAAACAUUAGAAAGAUAGCUAUGUAAAAACAUUAGUAUGUUCAAAGAAUGUUGUAAGAAUGUUAUUUAAAAACAUACAUUCUGUUCUCAGCAUCUACAAAACACUCUCUAUGCACUAGCUUGUUAAGUGUGUAAAUUAAAAUUGGUACCUUUUUUUUAAAUUUACAAACUUUAAAUCGAAUUAGAAUGAAUGUUGCCGUUUCUCUUUAAAAAUAUUAUACUGAUGCAAUAAUGUUCUACUCAGUCACCGGAUACAUUCACUGUCUUACAACUGGUCAGGUCAGUAUAGUGAAGCACACAGAAAGGUUUGCAAAAUUCCAGUCGUUUAACCAAAAUUCCCAGGUUUUCCAGUUUGGAAGAUUCCCGGAAUCAGGGGGGGAACAAGCAGGAAAUCCUGGGAAUUUAAUUGAAAGUUACUGGAAUUUUACAACCUUACACACAGAUAUAGACGACAACAACAACAACCAUGACAUGUUCAAACACGUCUUUGAGAAACUGAAACAUGUUCUUGAUCUAUAUUUGGUCCUCUCCCUGGCCAGUGUGAGGUAUUAGCCGUCCGUUAGCCCUGAGUCUCAGUUUCACUGUCUGUUCCACUCAGUCACAGAUUAGGUUGGUGUUUUGUAGCUUUGGCCCCGUUCACACUCAGGUUCUGCAACUGAUCUACAACACAUUGGACACAAUGGUUGUGAUCUGAUGUAUUUUUGUGAUGCAAUGAAGAGUUUGUUGCAGAUCCAUUGAGCCUCCACACGCUUGUUUAGUUUAUUUGUGUGCAGAAAAACUCUUGUAUGAUACAACUGGCAUCCCAACCGUUGUGUUGUACGUCAGUUGUAUACGGGGCCACUGUCACGACUUCAGCCGAAGUCAGUCCCUCUCCUUGUUCGGGCGGUGUUCGGCGGUCGACGUCACCGGCCUUCUAGCCAUCGCCGAUCCACCUUUCAUUUUCCAUUGGUUUUGUCUUUUCUUCCCUCACACCUGGUUUCAAUUCCAUCAAUUACAUGUUGUGUAUUUAACCCUCUGUUCCCCCCCCCCAUGUUCUUGUCCGGAAUUGUUGAUUGUAAGAGUUUGUGCACGUUAUGUCUGGCGUGCGAAGGGUUUCGUUCCAUUGUAUUUAUUUAUUGUUUUUGUUCACGGUGAUUUUAUUAAUUAAACUGCACCGUUGUAACACA